AUGCCUGCCGCCAGCCGCACGGGAUCGCAGCUGUCGAUCGUGUCUCCAACCGGCUACACCGCCUCGAGCUGCGGCUACUGCACCGCACCGGGUUCGGGCACGCGCAGCUUUACCAAAUCCAGCCGGUCGUACGGCAUCUGGGCGUACCGCCUCUCCCCCUACCACUACCAGACGCUCAUCGACCAGGGCUGGAGACGCUCGGGCGACUACAUCUACAAGCCGGACGUGCUGAGGACGUGCUGUGCUCAGAUCCCCAUCCGUCUCGCCGUCGACGAGUAUCGCCCUACCAAAGGCCAGCGCCGGGCCUUGACGCAGCUGCUCUUCAGCGUCCGCCGCAGCAAACCCAAGCCGGCCAGAUGGAAGGGCAAGUGGAGCCGUGACAGGGACUGGGACGUCGAGAGACGAUGGCAGGAAGUCGUUCCACCCUCGGAUGCGGCUGAAGGCUCCUCCUCGGGCUCUUCGAGUGCAUGGGCAGACCGUGUUGCGGGCCCCAUCACGAACCGGCUCGAGGCGCGGCUGGCGCUGUCGAGUUUCAGCGCCGAAAAGUACGAGCUUUUCCGGAGAUAUCAGGGCAAGAUCCAUGGCGAGUCGGAAGAGGACAUCAGCAGCGAAAAGGGAUUCCGGCGUUUCUUGGUCGACUCUAGCCUCACACUUACGUGGCCGUCGGUUGGUCAACCGCUGACUGCAUCUCAAGAGUCGGCGGUUCGAUCUCAGAGCUGGAGCACUUGCGAAAUCUCGGAGGAGCUGCCCUACGGCUGCUACCACCAGGAAUACCGACUGGACGGCAAGUUGAUAGCGGUGGGUGUGUUGGACAUCCUGCCCAAGUGCGUGAGUAGCGUCUACGUCUUCUACGACCCAGACUUUGGCGAACUGCAGCUGGGCAAGGUGACUGCGCUGCAGGAGAUCGCGCUUGCCAAGCGGCUGGGCCGAGUGGAGGCAAUGCGCGAGGUGGCGUACUACUACCUGGGCUUCUACAUCCACGGCUGCCAAAAGAUGAAGUACAAGGCCGAGUUUGGACCGAGCCAGCUGCUCGACUGCAGCACCAACACGUGGAUGCGCCUCGCGGAUGUGGCGGCCAAGCUCGAGGCCAAGCAAUGCUUCGAGUGGUCCAGCGCCAGCGCGCAUGCUGUUGGCACAAGAGAUGGCUGCGAGACCGACGAGGGGCAAGUUCGCGUGCCCACACAGCCUCGGCCUCCACCGGGGAUGCUCGACGCUCAAGCGAUGCUGGGCGCGCUGAACAGCCUCGUGCGUGGCGGGUCGGCGGGGCACGAAGCGUCGCUGGAUCUGGUGCAAGCUGCGCUGGUGCUCGAAGCGCAACGGCAAGAAGAGGGCAUCAAUUUGCUGCUUGAGACUGCCACGGCACAGGACGACUGCGAGCUGGUGCAGGCGGUGGAGUGCAUCGCAGCGCUGGCCAACGCGGAGCUGGUGUCGUCGAUGGUGUUGUUCAUGUAG